AUGGCUUCCGACGACGAGCGUGUGGGCGAUUCGCCCCGUGGCAAGCGUCGGAAGACACAUGGCGACUCCUCCCCUCCUUACGCGCCUCGACGCGACGGCGAGGAGGACGAUGCGAGCCGCUCGCCUUCUGCCCACCAAGGGAUACGAAAGCUCUCGAUCCGUGAGCAUCGCCGAAAUAGCAGGACUAUGAGUCCAAGUCCCGGCGAUGAAGGCACCGAUCGGAAAUACUACGAUGAGCAGAGCCGUCGCACCUCGCGCUCAAGAUCACGGUCAAGAUCGCGGUCUAGGUCGACUACUCGCUCCGACUCUCGCAUGCGCUCUCGCCUUUCCUCGCCCUCAGUCUCCCGAUCACGAUCACCCCGCUCCUCACGCUCACGCUCACGAUCCCAAUCAUCAUCCACACGCUCCCGAACAGACUCGCUCUCACCUCGAGCUCCGCAACCGACUCCUCCUCCCGAACCCUUCAAACCUAACUACCGCGCCCGCCUCGUCCUCCACGGCCACACAAAGCCCAUCUCGCAGGUGCGGAUAUCUCCCAACGGGCGCUUCAUCGCUUCUGCAUCUGCAGAUGCCACCGUCAAGAUCUGGGAUGCCGCGACGGGUGCGCAUAUGGAUACACUGUUUGGUCACAUGGCCGGCGUGAGCUGUCUCGCAUGGACACCUGAUAGCAACACCAUUGCGAGCGGCUCAGAUGACAAGGCCAUUCGCCUUUGGGACCGCGUUACAGGUCGACCGAAGACUACUGCCCGAAAGACGGAAGCCGGCCAGGAGAUGGCGCCUCUGAAGGGACAUCAUAAUUAUAUCCACUGUUUAGCUUUCUCGCCAAAGGGCAACAUUCUUGCCAGCGGGUCCUACGACGAGGCUGUUUUUCUAUGGGACGUGAGAGCGGGUAGACUCAUGCGGCAAUGUCUCCGUACACUUGUCCACGAAGACAACCCAGCCGUAACCAACGUCUGCUUCUCCCCCAAUGGCCGCUUCGUCCUGGCCUUUAACCUCGACAACUGCAUCCGCCUAUGGGACUAUGUGGCCGGUAGCGUCAAGAAGACGUACCAAGGCCAUCUUAAUGAAAAGUUUGCCGUCGGUGGCUGUUUCGGUGUCUUGGACGGCGCCCCCUUUAUCGCCUCUGCCAGUGAGGACGGGAGCAUCGUGCUCUGGGACGUGGUAUCCAAGAAUGUUUUGCAGAGGGUCGAGGGCCACGCGGGCGUGUGCUUUUGGGUGGAUGUUCAUGAAGAGACAAUGGUCAGCGGUGGCCAGGAUAACACAGUCAGGGUGUAUCGACACAUCAGAGAUGCCCCUGUGACCAAUGGGACAACAGUCAAAGAGGACCCAAGCUCAACGGAUGAGCUGCCAAUGAAGCAAGAAGAUGUCGACAUGGCCGAGGCAUAG